AACUUUUUUCCAUUAUCGUUUUCCCCACUUGGCCCCUUGCCCCUGUCUCGGCUUCGAAGCCCACUACGCCGUUUCCGUCUCGUGACUCGCGCGCUCACCAUCGCCGCCGCCGCCGCCGCCACCGGAACCCUACGAGACACCCCCGGCCACCCGGCCGCCGAUCGCGGUCCCCGCCGCCGCGCGCGGCGAUGGGGGCGGCGCAGCGGGGCCUGCUGCUCGACCGGUGGCGCCGGAUUCAGGAGGACGAGGAGGCGUACGAGGGCGGCGAGCCGUCCGCGGCCAACCGCCGCCGCCUCAACCAGGCCAAGGAGGAGUGGUUUUCACAUUGUUUCGAUUUUCUGGAAAGUCUGCCAAAAGAAGAGCACAUCUGGUGUGGACAUGCUGAUAUCAUGGGACCAUUUUUAGAAAUGUUCCAUGGUUACUUUGAUGAACAGGAAAACUCACUUGUUAGAACAGUAUGGUCACGGGUUUCUCAAGAACUGGGCACGUGCACACACUGUGUAUGUGAGCACCACCAGGCACAGGAAUCUCUUGAUUCUGAAUGUGGGUCUGGUAGUAUCGACCCCCUUCAGAAAGUUUUACGGCAUCUUGAUGAAGACAGGAUUACAAAGCAUCUUGAACAGAUCAAUGCAAUGAUUCAGCUUAAGGAAUAUGACCCUUCCUGUCAUGGUGCACAAGUUGUUUGCAUAAUGUUUGAAGUUAUGAUGUAUCCUGUUCUUUUAGAUGACCAAUCAUUGGCUAAUCAGUUCCAGAUAUUCAUUGAAACAAUUGAUGAAUCAUAUGAAGUGAGCCUUUCAACUAAUCAGCAAUAUCCUGGUGUUUAUGCAUUACUUUUCUUCAAAAGUUGUAAAGCUCGAGCAAUUGGGCUUCGCUUAGCCCGAUCCAUGGGAAAACUAAGGAAAGCGGUUGACUUGGAACCAUUGCAACCCUUGCUGCAAAAAUAUAUCGAGUUCUUGGAUGCUGAAGCUCUUCCAUCUACUUCAGAAUCUUCAAGACCUAGGGUGCAGCUCAAAAGGGCAGAUGUAUGGCUUGGAUUUAAAUCAUUCCUUGGGUUUCUUGAGGCGCCGGCUUUUGAAGAUGGAAUCUUGGAGAAAUACUCUAUCUUCCUGAAUAUUGUGCUUAACAAUGUCAGUGAUGACGGAUCUGAUCUAUCAUGUGCUGUUAGUUGUCUCAAAGCAUCUUUUGAAAUGCUUGGCUGCAAACUUUGGUUGAGAACAACACUAUCACCUAGUGUUAUGCGGAACACAUUAUUGGGUCAGUGUUUUCACACUCGAGUUGAGAAAAGUCACAAAGAAAUAUUCGAUCUCUUCCUCCCAUUUCUUCAGUCCCUUGAAGCGCUACAAGAUGGUGAACAUGAAAAGCAACGGAGGAACAUACUGUAUUUUCUUCUUCAUCAAGUAACUCGGAGUAGUAACUUCAGUGCUCUGAUGAGAAAAAAUGCUACGAAGAUUGCUCUUCUUAUUGUGCAAAGAGGCUACACAAUGAGCCCUCCUUGCCCAGCCUCGGAAUGCGCCCAUAUGUGGGGACCAUCUUUGAUAUGUUCAUUGAAGGAUACAUCCUUGCAUAGUUCUCUGCGGCAACCUGCAUUUGAUCUCAUCAAUAUUCUCAUAGUUUCUGACGCUUCUGCCUUGAUUUCCUUCAAACUGAAGUAUGAGUCCACCUCAAAAGGUGAUGCAAGAAGCUCUGUCAUAUUCAUCGACGAUGAUGAUGAAUUGCCUUUUGUUGAUGAUACUGUGGAAAAGGAGUAUGGUUGUUGGAAUGAUUUCAGUGUCCUGAACAAGUUGACGUUCCAGGGAUGCAAGGAUUGGACAUGUGUCCCUUUAUUAUGGUAUCUUGUGAUGGUUCAGUUGGAACCCUCUAAACUGCCUAUAGCUUUUUCGAAAGCAGUGUUUUGGGCUCUAUCUCAUAUUUCUGUUUUAGAGCCCGGGUUAGCUAUGGAGCCCUCAGUGCCUGUGAAUGAUUGGUUAUCAUCCCAUGCUGGAGAAAUCUCUUCAACGUUUUCAUGGCAAGUUCCAAAUGGUGCUGAUGAUGGUGGUGGUGGGAAGGAUUGCAUCAAUACUCUCAAGGUGUCAAAAUUUGGUACCCUGCUAAUGAGAAUAUUUAAAAGAUUUGCAAUUCAUGUCAUCAUGCAAAUUGAGCAAUGUGGUCUUCAAAAGCAAUGGACAUGGGAACCAAUGAUGUCAGAAAGCUUGAUUUUGGCACUAGUAGAUCACAAUGAUAGUGUACGGCAAGCUGGGAGGGCUGUCAUGGAACAUGUAUCCCAAGCUCGGGGUUUGACUUCUGGACUUCAAUUUCUGUGCUCGAGUGCAUCUUCACUGUCUGCUGUUUUCGUGGGUUUAAGAUAUGCAGUGCAACUGGUUCAAAGGCAGUCACUUUUGGCAGAUUUUCAUAGUCUACAUCACUUGUUUUUUGUCAUAUGUAAAUUAGUAAAGGAGGAUAUUGCUCAACAGCCUUCAGUUCAACAGCCAACAAAACCUUCUGAAGGUGGUUUCUUGCGUCAACCAUUUUCAAAUUUACCAGUAGCCCCAUCAGUACAUGCUGUAGACAUUAUUUCCUGGGAGAAAUUCAGCACUUUGCUUUCUGUAACUCUCUGGCCUUUUGUUUCCACUUGCCUGAGAAAGGGAGAGGAGCUAAUAAAUACCAAACAAUGUCAGAUAUCCUGCGUUCGAGUGCUUGAGUUGCUUCCCCUAGUCUAUGAGAGAGUCAAUUCAUAUUGCACUCAACCAUUCAGUAUGACGACAAUGGUUCCCGACCCUAAUGACAUCACAUGGCUUUUUCACUUGAUUAACUGGGGGAAAUCAUCUCUGCUUGUGAUCAGCAGACACUGGAAACAGUGCAUGCUAUCUUUGUUUAAAAUACUGAAGGAUUCACAUAGUGGCACCAUUCAACGCUACAUUGAAGAUCUUAGUGAUAUCGUUUCACAUGAUGUAAUUGAUAUGGAUGAUCUUAGAGGGAGAAUUUCAAAUCUUAAUCUUGCGGUAUUCAAGGCUCCCACAGUAGCUGAAAGGAGGGUUGCCGUCAGUCUACAAACCCCCACAAAUUCUACUGCUAGUAUCCCUUCUCUGAUUGGUCACACAGAUUUCAAGAGACAUACUGGCCGUGACAAUCUUGAGAUCAUGAAGCCCUCUCAUGGGUCAGACGUUGAACACAUAAUUGUCCUUUCAGACAGCGAAGACAAUUUGCCUACAGGUGAUGUGAUUGGUGAGGAGGUUUUAUCGUCAGUAAAGGAGAAUGACAGAUUCACGGCUUCAGAACUGUUGAAAAAUCCUUCUGAACAAAGAAUGCCAUUUGAAGAUAGACAUGUGUCUUCAAAACAUCAGAUACAUAGUGAUAUUAGUGCCUCCUCUAGACCUGUAUUGAUGGAAAACAGAAGCACACUUGCUGCCUCAAAAGGAUUAGGUGGAACGAAGACGCCAAAUGUUGCAGUCAAUACAAAUAAUGCUUCCUUUUUACCAAAUAAGAAAUCAUCUGUUAGUGCCACUUCUCAACCACCGCGUCCGAAUCCGUCAUCGAGUACAUGCAAGUUUAAGUCAAUUUUCAGAGAUAUAUCUGAUGAUGAAGAUGACCCCUUGGAGCAUGCGCUUGAUAAUUACAGAAGGCCACAAAUUCGUGUAACAAAGUCUACCAUAGUACUUCCUAAAAGGCAAGUAGUUCAACUUCAGUUACCUGCGGAAAGGAGACAGGCGUAUGGCAGACCGGAUACUAAUAUUCGACGAUUUAACCCUCCUAAAUUGGACAGCUGGUUUAAGAAUAUCUUGGAAAUGGAUUACUUUGCUGUUGUUGGGCUAUCAUCUUCUGAGAUAAAGAAACCUGCUUUAAAAGAAAUACCUGUAUGCUUUGAUUCACAAGCUCAGUAUGUUGAGAUUUUCCAGCCACUUGUUAUAGAGGAGUUCAAAGCUCAGUUGCAGAAUGCUUAUGUAGAAACCCCUGCUGAAGAUAUGACAUGCGGUUCUAUAUCUAUACUCUCAGUUGAGAGAGUUGAUGAAUUUCUUGUUGUUCGUGGCCGCGCUGAGAACACAGCAUCUGUCAAAUCUAAAGGGUGUACAGAGAAUGAUUUGAUACUGCUUACCAAGGAUCCAUUGAAAAGCACGGGACAGCAGGUGCAUGUGCUUGGAAAGGUGGAUCGGCGUGAGUUUGAUAAAAACAAGGCAUUAAUUAUUGUAAUAAAGUUCUUUCUCUCUAAUGAUAAUCCACGUCUAAAUAAAGUGAGACGCCUUCUUGUUGAAAGAAGUAAAUGGUUCUUGAAUCGGGUUAUGAGCAUGACUCCUCAAAUCCGAGAGUUCAGCGCUCUCUCAUCAUUAAGUGAUAUCCCAGUGCUUGCAGUAAUUUUGAAUCCUGUUUCACGUGCUGCAACCAAUCAUGAAUGUGGAAAAGUGUAUCUCGACAAACUUACACUCCCCAUGCGGAAAGUAUUGAAGUCAUCAUACAAUGAAAGCCAGCUCCAAGCUGUAAGUAUUGCCAUUGGAUCAACAGGCUCUAAAACAAAAUGUGAUCUGUCUCUUAUUCAGGGCCCUCCAGGUACGGGUAAAACCAAAACCAUUGUUGCGAUAGUGAGUGCAUUGCUUUCUGUACAUGCCGACAACUCUUACAACUUACCAAGAAAUGAAUCCCUAGCUAGUGCUGAGUUUACCAAGCCAAGAACAAAGAUUAGUCAAACUGCUGCAAUAGCUAGAGCUUGGCAGGAUGCUGCCCUUGCUAAACAACAGAUAAAUGAUUCACAGAGAGAAAACCCUAGGACAGAACGGCUAUCAAAAGGAAGCCUUUCAAGAGGAAGAGCUCUAGUAUGUGCGCAGUCAAAUGCGGCAGUUGAUGAACUUUUGUCAAGACUUAGUGAUGGAUUGUAUGAUGCUGAAGGAAAGCUGUAUAGACCAUAUAUAGUGAGGGUCGGUAAUGCAAAGACAGUUCAUUCUAAUUCAAUCCCUUACUUUAUUGACACACUUGUUGAACAAAGGUUGUCAGAUGAGUUAAUGGCCAAGAAUGAAGCCAACAUUUCAUCUGAUGCCGAAUCGUCUGGCUCACUUAGGGCUAGAUUGGAGAAGGUUGUAGACAAAAUUAGAUAUUAUGAGUCAAGGCGAAAACUAGUUGAGGGUGAUGAAACAGAAAACUGCUCUUCUGUGCCUGAUGAAGAUGAGGCGGAUGAAGUUUCUGAUGAAGCAAUUGGUGCAAAGCUCAAUAUCUUAUAUACACAGAAAAGGGCAGUUUCGGCAGAACUUGCCACUGCACAUGCACGUGAAAAAAAAAUAGCUGAUGAAAACAAGUCUCUUAAGCACAAGGUAAGGAAGUCAAUUCUCGGAGAAGCAGAAAUUGUUGUGACAACACUCAGUGGGUGCGGAGGUGAUAUUUAUGGAGUUUGCUCGGAAACUGCUUCAGCUAAAAAAUAUGGGAAUUUCUCUGAGCAAGCUUUGUUUGAUGUUGUUGUUAUUGAUGAAGCUGCACAGGCUCUUGAGCCUGCAACUUUGAUUCCACUUCAGUUACUCAAGUCGAAAGGAACCAAGUGCAUAAUGGUUGGUGACCCAAAGCAGCUACCUGCUACUGUGAUGUCUGGAUUGGCUAGUAAGUUUCUUUAUGAGUGCAGCAUGUUUGAACGCCUUCAAAGAGCUGGUUACCCAGUUAUUAUGCUCACUAAACAGUACCGGAUGCACCCUGACAUUAGCAGAUUCCCAUCCUUGCAUUUCUAUGAAAAUAAAUUGCUCGAUGGUGCUCAAAAGGCUGAAAAAUCUGCUCCGUUCCAUAAUCACAGUUGUCUUGGUCCAUACAUGUUCUUUGAUAUUACUGAUGGUCGUGAGCGUGGUGGAACAAACGCUGCUGCACAAUCACUCUGUAAUCAGUUUGAAGCUGAUGCAGCUCUUGAAAUACUGUCAUAUUUAAAGAACAGGUAUCCAGCAGAAUUCUCCUGUAGAAAGAUAGGGAUCAUAACUCCAUACAGGAGUCAACUCUCCUUGCUGCGUUCGAGGUUCACUUCUUUCUUUGGGCCUGAGAUUGUUGCUGAGAUGGAAAUCAAUACCGUGGAUGGAUUUCAAGGUCGGGAAGUUGACAUUUUGCUGUUGUCAACUGUUAGAGCGUCCAACUCCUCAGGUGAUAGACAUCACACUGGUGAAGCUCGUAGCAUUGGGUUUGUUGCAGAUGUUAGGCGUAUGAAUGUUGCGCUAACACGUGCCAGGUUCUCUCUAUGGAUAGUUGGAAAUGCAAGAACAUUGCAGACCAAUUCACAUUGGGCUUCCUUAAUACAGAAUGCUAAAGAACGGAAUAUGUUCAUCUCAGUUCAGAGGCCCUAUGGUCUGAUCUUUGAAAAAGUCCAUGGUACCACUCAUAGCUACCAUAAUAGUCACCUUCAGCAACAGAAGGAAAAUGAAAAGGCUGGUACGGCAAACUCACAGGCAUUCCAUGCACAACUCCGUAAAGAACAUGUGGGACAUGCUGACAGGACUACAGAAAAGGAAGGUAAACAUUUACGCGAGGAUCAUUCAAAACGAGCAUCACGCUGGGAUCGAAAGAAUCCUAAAUUUCAAGAUUCCACCAUGCGAAAACCCAGCCAAGAUAAUGAACCGGCAAUGCAGAGUGAAGAUAUGAAAGCUACAAAGGGUUCAUUGAAACAAGAUAGUGGUCAGGACUCAGUGAUGAGAAAGCAAGGAGUAGAAAAGAAGUCGCUUGCUAAAAGGUUGGCAGCAGAGGAUCCUCAUGAUGGUUCUGAUGUCAGAUGGCAAAGGGAAUCACAUAAGCAUGUUAAGGAGACUGUUGGUAUGGAAACUGAUAAGGCCUUAUUUAAGCAAGGUGCACCCGAGAAUUCCAAGGUGAGAGUACAUAAUAAAGACAAAAAGAUCAUCAACCAAAGCAGUGAUAUGGGAACCAUCAAGGGUUCAUCAAAACAUGAUUCCAACUUUAAAUCAGUGGCCAAGAAGGAUGGUGAUUCUCCAUCAGCACACCAGGAUAUGCAGAAGUUGAUACAAAAGGCUAAAGGAACAAUGAAGUUUUCUGAAAAACCAAGACUCUGUAAUUCAAAUCAAGAGAAUUCCUUGGUUAAACAUGAUGCACUUUUGGAAUUAGCGAAUAAGAACAGUGGUACCUGUCCACCAACAAUCCCUGGUAUGAAGAAAAUGACUAGUAAGGUCAAAGGGACAAGGAAGUUUACGGAGCAACCAAGAUCUGGGAACUCUAAUCAAGUUGACCCCUCAGUUACAUCAUAUUUUGAUGAAGCAGGUAGCCAUAUACGGGAUCUCACGAAAAGCCAAGCUCCGAACCUAACUGUAACUAGUCAAAAUCAUCAAAUUGCUGCAAGGAAGCGUCAAAGGGAGGACGUUGAAUCCUUACUUUCUUCAGCUCUUAUAUCAUCAAAUAAGCCUUCCUCAAAGUGUCCUAAGAAGAAACAAAAAUGAGACCAUGUAGCAAAGGUGGCAGGAGACAAUUUUUUCUGCCCAACAUAUCCUUGGCAGCUUUAACAUGCUGAUUGGCUGAUCUCAUGAAUAGUAUAUGCUAUUGACUGUUGUGAUGUGCUGCAAAGCAGUAGCGAUACUUGAACUGUGAGUCUCCAAAUUAAGCGACACAUCAACUGAUUUUGCGAGAUAGGAACUACUGUGAUAUAUGUAGGUAUUUUGGAUCUUCUUCCCUGACCAUCGAUUUGGAUACAGGAAGUUGAAGGACCGUCUAGGAGGUGAUCAGAUUAUUUUGGUCUAGCUUUGAAGAUACUACUCGUAGAAGUGCAAAUUGAUUUUGCCCUGUAAAUAUUUGUACAAUGACAGAACUACAUGGGUUGGUGUCCUUAGAAAUUGUCCAAGAAAUGAAAUGGGUAUCACGUGUCUUGCAUA